AUGAAGUCAUGGCAAAGCUGCUCCUGGAGACUUCCAGGAACACCUUCAGACAACACAAUGGUCUGUGUAAAUCUUGGUUAUUGUGACUCGAGCUCCAGGACCGUGCUCUGUACGCUGUCAGCUGACAUCCCCUGUGCUCCCGGUGAGGUGCAGCUGAAAUGUCUGUGUGUGAGGAUCAGCACUCCUCAGCUGUUCACCACAAUAAACAGAGGGGUGACUGUGACCCUGCAGGGACGAGUGGGAUCACUGCCAUGCUCUGGUGCCACCUGUGUGAGGAGCCUGUCACCUGCCAGGGGCCUGUGCUGGACUGUCAUGCUGCUCAGGCACUGCAGAACAGGGAAUCCGUGGCCAUGGGUCACACUGGGCCCAUGGGUCACCCAUGGGGUGGCUGGUGGCCAGCCAAGGCCGGGUGUCCUGCUGUGGCGAGGAAGAUGUCAGCGUAUCGCUGGGAUUUGCACCACACACCAAUCCAUGGCCAGGGCAGAGGCAGCAGCAGCUCUUCAGCUGUUAUCCAGAGCCAGAGGAAAGUCCAGUCCCAUUCGUGGCAUUCCUGGCCACUGCAGUGCCCUGGGUGCUUGCCCACACUCUUCUGGCUUUGGCACCUUGAGCUCUUUGCCCUUCUCCACUCACCUCGUCCAGGGCCUCUGGUCACUUGUGCUGUCCCAUGGCUGGGAGUGGCUGGGGGUGAACCCCACACCAGGGCAGUGUGGGGCUCUCCUGGGGGUGAACCCCACACCAGGGCAGUGUGGGGCUCUGCUGGGGGUGGCUGGAGGUGAACCCCACACCAGGGCAGUGUGGGGCUCUGCUGGGGCUCUGCUCACGGUGCCAAGCCAGGGGCAGCUUCACAGCCCGGUGCCGCCCCGGCCGCUCUGUGCCACCGCCGGCUGCUCCAGCUGCUCCUCCUGCAGGGCUCCAGCUCCCAGCCCCGGCACAGGACCUCUGCUGCCAUCUCCAAGCACGGCUCUGUCCCUCCAGGUCUGCUCUCAGCUCAUGCAGCACAAAGUGUGCCCCAGGGCAAACCCCUGA